AGUGAUCUAUCUGUCUGGUUCUUUUUAUCAUUUGGAGUAGUCUUUUAUGGUAAGUAAUGGGUAGGAAUAGCAUACCUAAUAACUGCAUGGUGAUACAUUAUUUGUGACUUCUAGUUCUCAAGGUAAACCAUCUCUCGAUGUUUGAUCAAGACUAGUUUGUCAGGAAUUGAUCAUUGUCUUCAUGUAAGGGCACAAGCAUUUGAUGUUUUUACUUUCCUUCUUUGAUGGAAAUAUCAGAUGGUAUUGCUAUGAAUGGUAACGAGAUGCAGCUGCUAUACAAUGUGCAAAUUUCGUUCUUUACGAAAUUUUCGACGGUACCCAACGGCUCUUAUCUCAUGAUAUAAGUGAGUAUCAUUAUGGAUGGUAAUGAAAUACCCGGGCACGUAACCGCAAUUUGCGGCCAAGGUGGAGAUGAAUCUUCUUAAAUAGAAGAGUCUGGCUCUAGAGUUUCUUCCCAUCAAUAAAAGAUGACCAUAAACGCUUUCUCAAAUUACGAAAGUUAAAGAUUUUUCUGCUUUCAAAAUAGUCUCCUUUAAAUCAUGUUUUCCGUGCGAAAGUUUUGAACUUUUUUUGCAUCUUUCAAAAGCAGAAAAGACGGGGCACGUUUCUGUUCACCCGAGCUUCCUUCAAACUUACUCUCGUGUCAUGUCACCUUCUGAGCACAAGAAUUGCUAGGACCCAAUUGAAAGUAGGCAAAAAAACACGAGGCGGAGAGACUUUGUAGGAUCUCAUAUUCAACUGGGUCAAAAGUGUGAAAAAAAAGACCAAAUCCCUAUGUUAGCUCUUAGCCAAGCAGACUGGCUCUCCUUCUUCACUUGAACUGGGUCUAACCUCCAAUGUGGCUUCACCAUAAUCUCUCUCUCGUGUUUGUAACAUGUGAUUGAUGUCGAUAAAUAGGAGCCAAGUUCUAAUCUCCAUACACACACACACACCCACAAGUCCCAACACAAAUUUGGUUCCGGAUUUGAUUUUUCGAGAAGACAAUGCACCAUUUAGCAUUGGAGGUCGGCCUGGUCGAUCCCCCCACCGCCGAGACAAAAGCCCGCGAGCGUGAGAACGCGAAGCGACCCAUCUGUCCGAAGCCCCGACGGCUCCGGUCGGCGACGCCGGACCUCCUCAGGUCCCUCAGAUGCAGCAAACACUGCCAGCAGAAUGGUGAUGGAAGAAGCGCAAUAGGGAACCCGUUGGUAGACAAGGUCGGCCUCAUUAUCCAGGCAGGCGACGAGGACGAAAGCCCGGGUAUCGGGUGUUCGCCGCUGCCGUGCGGCGUGGGGUCACCGCCCACGAGGACCGAUAAUCCGCUGGUUCACGACGUCCGCUUCGUCCACCAGAUGGAGCAUCUCUCGCCAUUCUCACCCGCCAACCUCGCCAACAAAUUCAAUUUUCCCUCCGCCUCUCCGGUUUGAGACUCCAACGUAUCUACCAUAGCUCCAGCCCCAUUUUUCUUUAUUAUUAUUAUUAUUUAUUACAAUUGUUUUGGACAAUUCGUGAGAUUUUUUGGUUUUCGGCUUAUUUUUCUUUUGUAAAUAUAUGAAGAUACACGUAAGCUGGGCAAUUUUUAUUGGACAUAUAUAUGAAACCGGAAAUUGUGAGCU